CUGGCAACCCUUCAUCCCUGGAUUAGUUUCACUUCUCCCAUUCCUCGAUAAUUCACCACAACUUGUAGACUCGACAGAGGUUUUGUUUGCUGUGUAUCAGCACCUCUUGUCUUAAUCGCUCUUUCCCAGCUUCUAUCUUAUCGUCCUUCGUUGCUGCCCUUGUCUGGCAAGGGCAAAGUCCAUUCAACCACCUUUCAAGUCAACAGACCCAUCUCCCAUAUUCAACCACGUCUACGCGAUUUUGGAUCAAGACAUCCUUCUUUUCGAUAUCUCGCCAUCCUCAUCACAAUGAAAGGCUUCACCGCAACCGCUCUGGCAGGAGCUGCUCUAUUUCUCACAGCAAACGCAGAUGUAGACCCUAUUGUCAUCAAAGGCUCUAAAUUCUUCUAUCAAACCAAUGGAACUCAAUUUUUCAUCAAAGGCAUUGCAUACCAACAGGACUACCUAGGCAACGGCACAACCACAGGCUCUUCAGGCGGUGACAGCAGCUACGUCGACCCACUUGCUGACGGCUCAUCAUGCUCGAGAGACGUUCCCUAUCUUCAACAAUUGCAGACCAACACCAUUCGUGUCUAUGCGAUCGAUCCGACUAAGAAUCAUGAUCAAUGCAUGUCGCUGCUGGCCGAUGCUGGCAUCUACGUUAUCGCCGACUUGUCUGCGCCAGGCGAUUCCAUCGUCCGGGACAGUCCUACGUGGAACGAUGAUCUCUACGCCCGCUAUACUUCGGUGAUUGAUGCCAUGGCAAACUAUACAAACACAAUGGGUUUCUUUGCAGGAAAUGAGGUCUCGAACAAUAACACCAACACCGAUGCGAGUGCAUUCGUCAAGGCCGCUGUCCGGGACAUGAAAGCAUACAUCAAGACUAAAAACUACCGGACUAUCGGUGUCGGCUACGCGACCAACGACGAUGCGGACAUCCGCGAAAACCUCGCCAACUAUUUCGAUUGUGGCGAGUCGACAGAUGCGAUCGAUUUUUGGGGCUACAACAUCUACUCCUGGUGUGGAGAUUCUAGUUACACUGAGUCUGGCUACGACGUUCGCACAAAGGAGUUCUCAGACUACAACGUCCCAGUCUUCUUCGCCGAGUACGGAUGCAACGAAGUGCAGCCGCGCAAGUUCACUGAAGUUCAAGCUCUCUAUGGCCCAAAAAUGUCCCCUGUGUGGUCGGGUGGUAUUGUUUACAUGUAUUUCCAAGAAGCGAAUGACUACGGUCUAGUGAGCGUAUCUGGUGACUCUGUGAGCACCUUGGAUGACUUCAACUACUUGUCUUCGCAACUCGCUUCGAUCAACCCAACCGGAGUGAAUUCCAACAGCUACACCCCCACCAAUACUGCCGCCCAAGCUUGCCCGACUGUAGGCAGUGAUUGGCAAGCAUCGUCGAACCUUCCUCCCACUCCGAACCAGGAACUUUGCGAGUGCAUGUUCAAUGCUCUCACUUGCGUUCCCGACAACGUCUCUACAGACAAGGUUGGUGACCUAUUCGGCGUAGUCUGCGGUCUGGGUCAGGACACUUGUGCAGGCAUCGAGGCCAACGGGACCACUGGAGACUAUGGCGCAUAUGGCAUGUGCAAUCCCACCCAACAGCUUGGCUGGGCUCUCAACAGCUACUACGAACAACAAGUCGCCGCUGGCAACGGCGCAUCCGCUUGUGAUUUCUCUGGCUCGGCCAAGACACAGGCUCCAAGCAGCCCGACUGGUACUUGCGCGACUUUGAUCAGCCAAGCCGGUAGUGCCGGUACGGGCACCGUCACCUCGCAGCCAAGCGGCACUGGCAGUUCCGGAUCCGGUUCCGGUAGCAGUGGCGGUAGCAGUUCAAGCAGCUCCAGUGCAGGUGUUCCGGGCUUUUCUGCUCCAGCGCAUAUCGGCGUGUUGCAAGUUGCAUUCUACCUCGCCAUCGCAUUUGUUUCAGGUGCGGGAAUGAUCUUGUUGUGAGCAAAGUCAGUUUAUUGUGCAUCAUCACUGGAUCGUCUGGAUCGGAUCAUGUCCAUAUGGGUUUUGCACAGUCUCUUCAGUUUAGAGCUUCGGAGCAGCUCCGUUAUUCGAGCAUUUAAUCUCGAGCAUUGGGAGCAAGGUAUGAAUCGGAAUUGAUUGGCUUAGUCCGUAGUCAAAAACAAUCAAAAACAAGUUCUUCAUUAGUAAAGACA